AUAAUAUUUUGAUUACAAUAUUAUUUACCAGAUUUAAAUAUUUUAAAAAAAUUCCAUGUUCUAAAUACUAAAUACCGGCAACCAACUUAAAGUUUUUAAAAUGAGUGGAAAAGAAGCAACCUCAGCUCCCGAGAAAAAGAAAAAGGAGAGUAUUUUAGAUUUAACAAGGUACUUAGAAAAAGCCAUUAGGGUGAAGUUUUCAGGAGGUCGAGAAGUAUCUGGUAUUUUAAAAGGAUUUGAUCCAUUAGUAAAUCUUGUAUUGGAUAAUACUUUAGAGUAUUUACGAGAUCCUGAUGAACCUAUGAAAUUAACGGAAGAUACAAGAACAUUAGGUUUAGUUGUUUGUCGAGGCACAUCAAUUGUACUAAUAUGUCCUGUUGAUGGUAUGGAAGCAAUCGCCAAUCCUUUUGUACAGCAAGAUUAGAUGUUUAAACUAUAUUUAAUAAUUAAUUAAUAAUAACUAUGUAGCUUUGUUUUUAUGAGCAUUUAUCAAAUGUUUAUAGAAACAGGUUUUAUCAUUUUCCAUUAUGUUUUUCUACAAAUUAUUAAAAAUCUUAAUAAAAGUUAUAGAAUAAUAAA